AUGGAAAGAAUUCUUGAGCAGGUAGUGUCAUACCUCAAGACCGAAAUCAAAAAGAAGGAGAAGAAGCUAGACCAUAAUCGAAAGCUAAUUAAGGAGUUGGAGUCUCGGAUGAUGUUCCAAAUCGAAAAUGGUGACCUUUCUCAAACCCAAAUUGAUGAUUUAAAAGCAUAUUUGAGUAGCCGGUCAGGUACGCAACAUCCGUAUCCAAGUGUCAUCAACGAGUCAAUUCUUGGGGAUGAUCAUGAUAUCCCAAAGGCUUCAGAUGACGUUGCACCUGAAGAGGGACCUUCUUUACACCCAAAGGGAAAGGGAAACAUGGAACCAUCUGAUGAUGUGGAUGAUGAGAUGAAGAAGACCUAUCAUCAAGGAGAGAGCAGCAAAUCUGGUGGUGCAGACGAUGCCUAA